AUGAGAAAAGGAUCAAAGUCAGAUGUGACUGAGAAACACAAUGGGCGCCUUCCGGAGUGGUCUGCCCUGCACGGGGCUCUUAGGGUGGCUCCCGUCGCCUUGGGCAUACAUCAAGGGGCGUUGGGAGCCCGGAGAGCAUGGUGCUUUAGCGAACUCUUUUUCAUACAAGAGCCACAGGACACAACUGUCACGAGAAAGGACCCAGUGGUUUUAGAUUGCCAAGCCCACGGAGAAGUUCCUAUUAAGGUCACGUGGUUGAAAAAUGGAGCAAAAGUGUCUGAAAAUAAACGGAUCCAUGUUCUUUUCAAUGGCUCUUUAUACAUAAGUGAGGUGGAAGGCAGAAGAGGAGAGCAAUCUGAUGAAGGAUUUUAUCAGUGCUUGGCAAUGAACAAAUAUGGAGCCAUUCUUAGUCAAAAAGCUCAUCUGACCUUAUCAACUAUUUCAGCAUUUGAAGUUCAGCCAGUUUCUACUGAAGUCCCUGAAGGUGGAGUUGCUAGAUUUGCAUGCAAGAUUUCAUCAAACCCAUCUGCAGUUAUAACAUGGGAAUUCAAUCGGACAACUCUACCUAUAACUACUGACAGGAUAACUAUCCUACCAACAGGAGUAUUGCAGAUCUAUGAUGUUGGCCAAAGGGAUGCUGGGAAUUACCGUUGUGUGGCCACUACUGUAGCACACAGACGGAAGAGCAUGGAGGCCUCUCUGAUGGUGAAUCCAGCUAAGGAGUCUGAAUCCUUCCAUACCCCAACCAUUAUAGCAGGUCCACAGAACAUGACAGCAUCUCUUCAUCAGACCAUUGUUUUAGAGUGCAUGGCCACUGGAAAUCCCAAACCAAUCAUUUCUUGGAGCCGGCUUGACCACAAAUCCAUUGAUGUCUUUAAUACUCGGGUACUCGGAAAUGGUAAUCUCAUGAUAUCGGAUGUCAGACUACAACAUGCUGGAGUAUAUGUUUGUCGGGCCACUACUCCCGGCACACGCAACUUUACAGUUGCCAUGGCGACAUUAACUGUAUUAGCUCCUCCUUCAUUUGUCGAAUGGCCAGAAAGUUUAACAAGGCCUCGAGCUGGCACCGCUCGGUUUGUGUGUCAGGCAGAAGGAAUCCCCUCACCCAAAAUGUCAUGGCUGAAAAACGGCAGGAAGAUACAUUCAAAUGGCAGAAUUAAAAUGUACAACAGCAAAUUGGUAAUUAAUCAGAUUAUUCCUGAAGACGAUGCUAUUUAUCAGUGUAUGGCUGAGAAUAGCCAAGGAUCCAUUUUAUCUAGAGCCAGGCUGACUGUAGUAAUGUCAGAAGACAGGCCCAGUGCUCCUUAUAACGUCCACGCUGAAACCAUGUCAAGCUCAGCCAUCCUCUUAGCAUGGGAGAGGCCACUUUAUAACUCAGACAAAGUCAUCGCUUAUUCUGUGCACUACAUGAAAGCGGAAGGUUUAAAUAAUGAAGAGUACCAAGUCGUCAUCGGAAAUGACACAACUCAUUAUAUUAUUGAUGACUUAGAACCUGCUAGCAAUUACACUUUCUACAUUGUGGCAUAUAUGCCAAUGGGAGCCAGCCAGAUGUCUGAUCAUGUGACACAGCAUACUCUAGAGGAUGUUCCAUUGAGACCUCCUGAAAUUAGUUUGACAAGUCGAAGUCCCACUGAUAUUCUCAUCUCCUGGCUGCCAAUCCCAGCCAAGUACCGGCGGGGCCAAGUCGUGUUAUACCGGCUGUCCUUCCGCCUGAGUUCUGAGACUUCUGUACACAUGCUGGAGCUCCCGGGGACCACACAUGAGUACCUUUUGGAAGGCCUGAAACCUGAUAGUGUCUACCUGGUCCGUAUCACUGCCGCCACCAGAGUGGGGCUAGGAGAGUCUUCCGUAUGGACUUCACACAGGACACCCAAAGCUACAAGUGUGAAAGCCCCUAAGUCUCCAGAGUUACAUUUGGAGCCUCUGAACUGUACCACUAUCUCUGUGACGUGGCAGCGGGAUGCUCGGGACACAGCUGCCAUUCAGGGCUACAAGCUGUACUACAAAGAGGAAGGGCAGCAGGAGCAUGGACCUAUUUUCUUAGACACCAGUGACCUUCUCUACACUCUUGGUGGUUUAGACCCCAGAAGAAAAUACCACGUGAGGCUGCUGGCUUACAGCAGCAUGGAAGACGGCUAUCAGGCAGAUCAGACCGUCAGCACGCCAGGAUGUGUGUCGGUUCGUGAUCGCACGGUUCCUCCUCCACCACCACCCCACCAUCUCUACGCGAAGGCUAACACCUCAUCUUCCAUCUUCCUGCACUGGCGGAGGCCCGCAUUCACCACUGCACAAACCAUUAACUACACCAUCCGCUGUAACCCCGUGGGCCUGCAGAAUGCGUCUCUAGUUCUGUACCUUCAAACAUCAGAAACUCACAUGCUGGUCCAAGGUCUAGAACCAAACACCAAAUAUGAAUUUGCUGUUCGAUUACACGUAGAUCAACUUUCCAGCCCCUGGAGCCCUGUGGUCUAUCAUUCCACACUUCCAGAAGCACCAGCAGGCCCACCACUUGGAGUCAAAGUGACAUUGAUAGAGGAUGACACUGCUCUGGUUUCGUGGAAACCCCCCGACGGCCCCGAGACGGUCGUGACGCGCUACACUAUCCUGUACGCAUCCAGGAAGGCCUGGGUGGCCGGAGAGUGGCAGGUCCUGCACCGAGAAGGGGCAAUAACCAUGGCCUUGCUGGAAAACCUGGUAGCAGGAAAUGUGUACAUCGUGAAGAUAUCUGCAUCCAAUGAGGUGGGAGAAGGACCCUUUUCAAAUUCUGUGGAGCUGGCAGUGCUGCCAAAGGACACUUCUGAGUCAAACCAGAGGCCCAAGCGGUUAGAUUCUGCAGAUACCAAAGUUUAUUCAGGUUAUUACCAUCUGGACCAGAAAUCGAUGACUGGCAUCGCUGUAGGCGUUGGCAUAGCCUUGACCUGCAUCCUCAUCUGUGUCCUCAUCUUGAUAUACCGAAGUAAAGCCAGGAAAUCAUCGGCUUCCAAGACAGCACAGAUGGGAACUCAACAGUUACCUCGUACCAGCGCCUCCUUAGCCAGUGGGAAUGAAGUAGCAAAGACCCUGGAAGGAACGGUGGAAAAUGAAGAGUCCUUAAUGCCAGUGAGAAUGCCGGACAGCUUCAUCGAUGCAAAGGGAGGAACUGACCUGAUCAUUAAUAGCUAUGGCCCUAUAAUUAAAAAUAAUUCUAAGAAAAAAUGGCUUUUUUUCCAAGAUUCUAAGAAGAUAAAAGUUGAGCAGCCCCAAAGAAGAUUCACUCGAGCUGUCUGCUUUUAUCAGCCGGGCACUACAGUGUUAAUCAGCGAUGAGGACUCUCCCAGCUCCCCAGGUCAGACAGCCGCCUUCCCGAGACCCUUUGGCGUUGCAGCUGAUACUGAGCAUUCGGCCAACAGUGAAGGCAGCCAUGAGACCGGGGAUUCUGGAAGAUUCUCUCAUGAGUCCAAUGAUGAGAUACACCUGUCAUCAGUGAUAAGUACCACACCCCCAACCUCUGAUUCUUUCUCUGGCAGCAAUGCAGGUAGGAAUCCCACAGUGAGGAAGCAUGAAGGCCCUGCAGCACCGCCCACGGUGGGGCAGACUUCCUCUUCUGUUCAGGAGCCGCCCUCUGCCAUGCUGUGCUUUGAUAAAAGUGAUUAUCCAAUCUAG